UAGAACAGCAUUUCCAAGUCAAACCCUGUCUCAUGUCAACGUUUCAUUUCGUCUCCCAGAAGGUCUCCAAAUAUCAGACCUUAUGUAUCAGACCAUCGAGAUAUACAGCCUGGGCUCCGUCCUUGUGGAUGCACACCUUCAACGAGCUGGUGACAGUGGGCUGGGCUGUGGAGACCCAUGGGCACUCAGCUUCAGCUACAAACAGACGGACAAAUUAUCUAAGAAGGACAUUAAGAGAGGCUUGAAGGUCUUCUUCCACUGCGCCUAUGCAAAUUUCCAGUGUGCAUCCUGCAGAAGGAUCUGGCCUUCGGUACGUGUGGUGCUUUUGUUCCGUUAUCGGCUGAGAGGCGGUAAGGGCACGGUGAUCAUGCGGCCCUUCGGACAAGCAUGUCGGCGAUGCCAAGAUGACAAUUUUCAUCUCCCCGGUUUUUACAAGGACGAAGUGAAACAAGCUCUGCUCAGACUGUUUACUGAAAUCCGGAAGAACUGCUAUGGGGAGGAGGACGACAGUGGAGAGAGCUCGGGCUUGGGCACUACAAAAGUGAGGUCCAAACCCCAUGAAAAGACCCUGUGUGAGGCUUGCCAUAUGGGCUUUUGCUCUCAGGAUGAUCAGGAUGAUAAGUAGUGUGUGUGUGUGUGUGUGUGUGUGUGUGUGUGUGUGUGUGUGUGUGUGUGUGUGUGUGUGUGUGUGUGUGUGUGUAUCACAGUGAGGUGUAGAGAGUGACAGUUUGUUUGUUUGCUGAUUACCUGGGAUCCUCCUUUUCUAGUCUUCACAGAAACCUUUCCUUAAUAAGCAGGAUAUUUGUGUCAUUAUGUAAGUUAAUGGUAAUUGUUAAUUGUUUCAGGUAUGCUUAGUGCAUACCUGAAAGUGUGAGCAUGUUCUGUUUUGAGGUACUGAUUAUUUUCUGGAUGUGUUUGGUGUGGUAUAAUCCAAAUAGCAGUUAGUGUACUUUUACUUGAAUAUUCUCAGUUUCUCAAAAUGUCAUCGUUCCACUCAUCUACACUUCAGAGUUUUUUCCCCCCUACCACGUGUAUUUGUUAGGUUUAGCAGAUUCAGGUUUCACAUGAAAUGCUGAUGUAUUAAAACAUGAGUUUUUACAAUACUGUGAUAAAGUGCAGUGAUUCUCUCUCUAUUUUUUUUCUCUGAUCUCAAAAUCAUAGAGUCAGUCUGGAUAUCAGACAUGAAUCCAAAUUACAGAUGUGGCAAAAUAUACAUGCGUUAUAAUUGCACCUUUAAAACUGUGCACAAGGGGGCAUGCUUAAAAGCAAAGAGUGAUCACAUCAAAGAGUAGUUUGGUCUAGUUUUUUUUUUCCCUGUAAGCUGCAUUCUGUAUUCAAUUAAUUGAUAAACACAGUGGUGCCCAAACUUUUACAUA